ACUAUUUAUGCAUUUAAUUACUGUUAAGUUACACACACAUAUACACAUAUACAUAUUUAUCUUUUAGCUUUAAAUAAUGUCAUCAGCAUCAACGUCAUAUACAUUUUUUAUUGUGGGAGAAGAUAACUGCAUCGGCAACACCAAUGGCGGCGGCUGGUAUGAAGGUUGGCGUCCUUAUUGGUGCUACCAAUGUAAAAAAACUGUUUUCUGCCACUUAUCUUCUUCUGAAAGAAUAUGUGUUAAUCGUACAUGUUCCAGUCAAUCCCUAGUCCCAUUCAUUUCUGUAGAUCUGAACAAUCAGUUCUGUUUGUGGUGUGACCUUUGCCAAACCCAUGAACUCUCAAAUUAUAAUGCAAAUGUGAGGUGCGGUCUGUGUGCCAAUCCCAUGUAUGUUAUUGAGAGGAUUGCUGUUUGUCCAUCAAAUCAAGUUGACGUCCUUCUACGAAGGUCAACGUUGUUCGACGAUUCAUUACCUUUAACACUAAUAGACAAUAAUCUAGGUCGUCCGAUGAUACCUCUCAUCGAACGAAUAAUACAAAACCAUAAUAAUCUUCCAACUACCAGCGGAAGGAGCGCUAUACCACUAACUCGAGUACCAGAAAGUGUAAUUCUAUCCAUACCGAGAGUAAAAAUAUUGAAAUCGCAUUCAAUAGACUCAACUAAGUGUACUAUUUGCCAACAAGAGUUUGUGGUUGGUGAGGAUGCAAGAAAGUUGCCAUGCAAGCAUCUUUAUCACAGUGAUUGCAUUGUUCCAUGGUUGAGGAUUAGUACUUUGUGCCCGGUCUGUCAACGUGUCACAACUGAAACAGGUAUUAUUGAGUGUGAGAGUGAAAGUGAGCUUGAGCAUGAGCCUGAGGGUUCCAGAAGCACAUUGAAGCAGCUCCUUGUUACUACUUUGAAGCGGGGAAUAUGGUAUAUAAAAGAAAUAAAAGAUGAUGUUUUUCUUCAAAUAAGGUUAAUACUUUUAUUGCUGCAAAUGAUCUCAACUUUACUCCUUUUUGGAGUAAUUUCAUAUAAAUCAAAUAAAUAGCAGGUGGGUGACGGGAUGGAUCGACCAAGUGGAAGGCGACACAUCAUCUGGCCAAUGCUGACUGAUUAGUAUAAAUACCCUUUCAUUACUCUUGGUAAAGGGGUAGCUAAAUUAGCAAUUACUCUCUUCUCCCUUGUAUCAUAGAGAGUAUAUUGUAGCGAUUGAUAGAGCAAAUAGUCGUAAUCUAUAUCCAGUUCUUGAGUGUAUUGUAAGAGUUAUUUCAUAAUUAUAAUACGAAUCAGAUACAUAGUGAUCUCGUGCUUAUCUCUUAUGUCCAAGCUAAUUAAAAUCUCAUAUG